UGUUACUGUAAAUUGCUUUCAGUUUCCACAUGCACCUAUUCACAAAUCUGCGGUGUUGAACAGCAGCAAAGUCGGACUGGGAGUACUACCACCACGCGUCGGAAGAAUCACCAAGUCAGUUUUGACCAACUUGUUGCGCAGCUGCUAUUUCUAACCUCCUCUGUGGGGCAGGGGCGGCACGAGGCGCUGUGUUGUGCUUCAUAUGCUUGAUAUUUUCUGUGAAGCAAGACAAAUGAAUGAAGCGGUGGCUACUGCUUUCUAACUAGGUUUUAAAGUGCGUAGGAUAUAAGAAGAUGGCGCGUUUUUAUGUCCUGCAGCCUACAGUGAAUGUUCCAGUUUCUUUAAUAUGAUCUCAGAGACAGGGGAUGCGAGUCAUGAGCCGGACGCGUCUUUGCCACGGACUCGUCUGGAGCCACAGCCUCUUCUACCUGACUUUACUCCUGUGGACCAGACGCAUGACUGGACUGGCUGACUUCUCAAACUACCUGUCCAGGAUCAUCACCAGUCACUCUGCUCAGGCGUGUGACGGAAAGCCUCUGCGACUCCACUGUCCACGUCACUCCACCAUCUCCAUCCAGUCUGCCUUCUACGGAAGCGGUGAGGCGCGGCUGUGCAGAGCAGACCUGGACCCUCCGCUCAGAGCCCAUAACCACAGCUGUUCUGCUUUUACUGCUCUACAGAAGCUGCUGUCGGAGUGUCAAAGCCACAGAGAUUGCCAGCUGCCUGUCAACCACCUGCUGUUUGGGAAGGACCCUUGUCCUGGCACUACUAAAUACCUCCAUGUGGACUACAAGUGUAAACCAACUGAACACAAAAGACAUGUGGUGUGUGAGGGGGAGACAAUGAUUCUGCGCUGUAAGCCCCCCAAGGUUCUGAACAUCUAUGCAGCUGUCUAUGGGAGAAGUCUGGGCCAGACUGACACCUGCCCCUCACACCUGACAAGACCACCCCCAUUUGAGUGUCUGAACCACGAGGCUGUUCACUUUGUGUCCAAGUCCUGCUACAGCAAACAGAAGUGUACUGUUGCCGUCAGCAACCAGACCUUUAGGGACCCCUGCUUCCCAGGAACCAGGAAGUACCUCAGUGUGGUCCAUUCUUGUGUAGUACCGCAGACUUUACUAAGAGAGGCCGACCCUUACAUAUUCAUUUCCACCUCAUCUCCUACUGUGGACACAGAAAAAGCUCCUCCUGCAGAUCUGGAGGAGCCUCUCUCCAAAGGGUCAAGAAGGCCAGACAACUCAGGAGCCAUGAUGAGCAACUCUCUCCUGACCUAUGCCUACAUUAAAGAGCAUCCAGAAAUGGCAGCGUUGCUCUUCACCUCCAGCGUGUGUGUUGGUCUUCUGCUCACACUGCUAGCUGUGUCAGUCCGAGUGACCUGCAGACGGCGCCGGCCCGAAGAUCACAUGCUCGCACCAAAGUCUCCUAGAGCGGCGCUCAGCUGCCAGGAGGAGCAUGACGAGGAUGAGGACAAGGAAGAAGAAGAUGAUGACGAUGAAGAGGGAACAGAAAGCUCUUUAAUCUCAGCCGCAGAAAGGAAGGCGAUGUACAACUGGGAGGAAGUGACUUAUGUAAGCGAGGCAGCCGACCGGGCGGAGAGGAUUGAGCGCAGGGAGAUGAUCAUACAGGAGAUAUGGAUGAAUGCCUAUCUGAAUGGCAGCUCAUGUUAACUAAACCGGGAAAUCAAUGGAUGCUGUUUAGCACCUUCAGGAUUUGUUCAGGAUUCUCUGCAGCCGCUCGCAGCCUUUGGUUAUUAACAAAACAAGAAACUUGUUCUCUUUUUUUAUUUUACAUUGUAGUUUGUCUUGUGUUUAAUCAUUUUUGCAGGAGCUCUCAGUUUGUAAAGAAUGUAAUGUUUGGGUGAAACUGCAGUACUAGCCAUUUUUAAAGGAUCAUCGGGGUUUAACGCUGUAAUAUGGGAGGUCACAAUGUUGAAUUUAUUCACAUCUACCACUAAAUUAAGCAAAAAAAGAACGUGUCAGGGAGUGUGAUGGGUCAUAACACCUCUCAAGGACCCACGACACACAGUUGCUCUUAUCUCAUAACUUACUCUGGGUUUUUUGAUGAAGCCUUUUUUCAUCAUGGAUGAAUCUGAGGCCUAAUACGUGUCAGGUGUUCCCUUUCCUAACAAAAAUAGGCACAUUGCAUUGUUUUCCCUACAGUAUAACUACAUUAGCGGUCAUUAAAAUUGUCAGCUGUUCAUACCAUAGACCCAAGGUAUGUGUUCCAAUCCAAAAGAGCCAUCUGCAUUCAAUGUACAAACAGGUGGACUUAUCCUUUAAAUCUACACAUUACGUCAAGAAUGUUUAUUUUUUAAUGCGGUGUUCCUUGAAACCAGUCACACCUCUCUGAAUCACUGCAUCGACUCCGUCAACAGUUCCACACGGUGGAAUUAAACUCCCUCACUUUGAACUCUAAGACUUCCUGAUCACUGCUGGGACAAUAGUUGGAACAAAGUACUGCUGUGUGGCAACUUCCUGCCUUAGAGCAUCAACGACUUUCAGAGUGUGUGACAAAGAGAGGAAAGGUGUAGCAUCCUUGUCCCUGCACUAAGGGAUGUAAAAAUUGUGUUCCAGUUGAAUCACUACCUC